AACCUAGUAAAAUAGGCAUGCAUGCCGCCAGGCCAUGGGACAGGCUACACACCUCUAUUUGGGGGGUUUCUUCCCCCUCGGUCACUUUGAUAUUGGGGGAGUUUCACCUCCCCUGCCUUCUCUUGUCGACGUCUCCUUCUCCCUCCUUCCUCCAGCACGAGCGGCAGCUGUCGGAGCACGACAGUUGCAGCGUCCUUCAGGGGAGGAAGAAAGGGGACGACGGCACGAGUUUAAACCAACAAUCUCUCGUCAUAUAUAUCAUAAUAGAGAGUAGGACGACAAAAGCCAUGGGCAGUAAUGGCAGAGAUCAUAGGCGCGGAGUCCCACGCCCGCCACCUUUACCACUUUACAGGGAUUGGGAGGAGGAAGAGGUCGUCAAGGCUGGUCGACGUCGGCAGUCGCCGUUGGCGCAGUCGUCAACGUCACCCGCGGCCGCAGCCGGCGUCGCCAACAAGAAGAGGCUGUCGAAGCAGCUGUCCAUGAAGGAGACCACCAGGGAGGUCAAGUGGGAGAAGCGGAAGCGGCAGAUACAACGGCAGAGGAGCAGCAUGCGCCUGAGCGAAGCCGACGACAGGGCAGGUGGCAGCACUGCUGUCUGUCCUGUUGACGGCGAGGCGAGCUCGAGCGCGGAGCGGGUGGCCACUGGUAUAACCGACGGGGACCUGGAUGAGCUGAGGGGAUCCAUGGAUCUCGGCUUCAGGUUCGACGAGCAGAAGGGCGGCCAGGACCUCUGCGACACCCUCCCCGCCCUCGACUUCUAUUUCGCCGUCAACCGGCAGGUGUCGGAGCCCAGGAUGUCGUUUCCCACGAGCACGAGCUCAGGGCCGUCUCUGUCGGCCACCAAGUCCUCGCCCAACCUCUGCGGCACGCCCAGCCCAGGUAGCCCUGGUGCGCACUCUAGUAACGCCUUGGAGUCAUGGAAGAUUUGCAACCCAGGAGAUAACCCUCUGCUUGUGAAGACAAGGCUCAGGCACUGGGCUCAAGUAGUGGCUUGUUCAGUGAAGCACUCGAGCUGAUCCUCGUCAGUGUUUUAUUCACGCUCUUCUUCCAUACAUAAUACCCGUACAAGUGGUUGCGAUGGCGAUGAAUUAGUCGUGUCCGAGUGAAACUAGAUCAAUUGACCUUGUUGCUCGAUCUAAUGUCGUCCCAGGUCACAUUGUUGUGGACAGAUUUAAUUAGCGUCGGGUUGGCAAAUUAAAAAAUGUAUAUGCAAAGUACUGUUAAAGGUUGGCAUGGUGUAAAAGGUGUGAGCUAUCUCCCUAAAUCAUUAUGUCACAGAUUUGAAACAGUCUUUCCGUAUCUGCGAAAAAAAACUUGUCUCGUUUUAUCUCUUCUCC